AAGAGCUAGUCCAGUGGUCAGAGGAAUCAGAUCAGUCAGUGACAGAUAACUGUGAGUCGAGUUUUAUUCUGACUAACCUGAAGAUCAUUUCAACAUGAUUUGGUUUGUUUUGUUAUUCUGUGGCUUGGCUUUGGCUCAGGAUCAGAAUACUGCUGUAAGAGUUUUUGAAUCAGGAGGGUGUUGGACUGACAUGUGUGAGCUCCUGAGAAAGGUUAAUGCCAUGUCUGAAAUACUUGACGCUAUGAAAACCAGAAUGGAUGACAGUGAAACCAAACUCCAGGCAACUGAAUCAAGGCUACAGGCCAGUGAAACCAAACUCCAGGCAACUGAAUCCAGGCUGCAGGCCAGUGAAACCAAACUCCAGGCAACUGAAACCAAACUCAAGGCCAGUGAAUCUCGGCUACGGAACAGUGAAAAUCAGAUUCGUGGACUGAUGAACAAGGAAACAACCAGAGUGGCCUUCAGUGCAGCAUUGGGAGGAAACGCCGAAAACUUCGGACCUUUUAACACCCGCACAACUUUAAUCUACAAAACGGUGAAAACAAACAUCGGGAACGCCUACAAUUCAGCCACAGGUAUCUUCACCGCUCCUGUGGCAGGUGUUUAUUACUUCACCUUCUUUUAUAAUGCCAACAGUACACAUAAAGCCUUUCUGAUGCUCUACAAGAACUCAGUUCAGAUAGUCUUUAUUUGGGAGAACAGUUCAAAAACAGAAAGUUAUGAUAGUGGAGGAAAUGCUGUGUUUCUUCAGCUGAAGCGAGGAGACCAGGUGUAUGUGAGAAUGGGUGAAAAUUCACACAUUUAUGGAGGCAGCUACUAUACAACUUUUAGUGGUUUUUUGGUCUCUCAAAUGUGAGAUUGGACACUGAUCCAAUCUAUCAUCAUUCUGUUUGAUGAGAGUACUUAGUUGAUUAUAAUAUAGAAAGUUUUACAUGAAGAUUAGCAGUAAUAUCACCUCUUUAUUCUCUGUGAUGCUGAAGUCUGAUGUGAAGUCAACAGGAUAUUUUGAAAGAAAUAAAAAUGUAAAAACUGCUCAAACAACAACAGCUCCUCUGUACCUUAAUCUUACCUGACCCUCCCCACAGGAUUAACCAUGUCCAUGUUUUCUUUGCAUUUCAAUGUUUUUGUCUUCAGUAAAACCUGAUUAAUAUUGUUCAUACACUGAUUUAGCAUUGAUAUUCCAAGAUGACAACAUGAGACUAACUCUGGGAUUGUCAAUCUUUCCAUCAUGUUCACCUUUCAAUAAAGUUUACUUCAAAUUCUC